UGUCCGCACACAGGGCUGCAGGACUGGGUGACAGAUUCCGUGCUCCACGUUACGGGAUGCUGUUCCUCCAAGGAGCCGGGAGGUGGGGAUGGCAGGAAGCGCUUCUGCCGGGGUAAAGUCCUGGGUCCCGCAGCGCUCGCCCCGUGGGCUCGCGGGUGCUUGGUGGAUGGAGCCUGCGGUUGGCAGAGCGUUUCGGGUAGAAGGUGAUUCCGCGCCGAAGAAAGGCGGCCGGCCGGAAACCGUCUGCGCGUGCAGGAUCUUGAGUGCCAGGGCUGAAGCUGGAAGAGGAUAAAGGUUGGAGGGACUGAAGGUUCCAAGCUUUUGAUCAUGGCUUGGUCUAUGUGCAACUCCAAUCCUGAAGCUGCUCAAGAACCCACUAGGAAACACUUCAUAGGACAAAAGCUGCUCUUGUCAUCAGGAAGUCCCCAAGGAUUUAGGAGCUCUGCAUAAGAUGACCCUAUUGGCCCCAUCACUGAGGAAAAUACAUGAAUUUGGAGAGUUCUGGGCCAGGGAACAGGCCCACUCAAAAUUAGAUGCUCCAUACAUCUUUGAACAACUAUUUCUGCUUCUAUCAGGAAGCCGGUUCCUCAACUCACAGUUCCUGCCAGAGUUAUUGAGCUCAUAUCAGACUCAUUUCAACUGUUUCAGCCAGAAGUUUGAGAAGAAAUUUCAAUCUGAGCAGGCAGCAGGCUCAGUGUCCAAGAGCACGCAGUUUGAGUACGCCUGGUGCCUGGUGCGGAGCAAGUACAAUGAUGACAUCCGUAAGGGCAUCGCGCUGCUCGAGGAGCUGCUGCCCAAAGGGAGCAAAGAAGAGCAGCGGGAUUAUGUCUUCUACCUGGCUGUGGGCAACUACCGGCUCAAGGAAUAUGAAAAGGCCCUAAAGUACGUGCGCGGGCUGCUGCAGACGGAGCCCCAGAACAACCAGGCCAAGGAGUUGGAACGGCUCAUCGACAAGGCUAUGAAGAAAGAUGGCUUGGUGGGCAUGGCCAUCGUUGGUGGCAUGGCCCUGGGAGUGGCAGGACUGGCUGGACUGAUCGGACUUGCUGUGUCCAAAUCCAAAUCCUGAAGGCGACGGCGCAUCUGCUCCUCUGCCAGGGCCCCACAAGGGCACUUUUCGCAGAGGAGCCAUCCAGCCUUGUGGGCCUCUUCCUGUUCUCCCUGAACCCUUGUCAUUGUCCUCUGGGACCCCCACCUCCACUUCCCUGAGACCCGUUGUUCAGCCCUGAGUCAUGUGCUUUAGGAUGAGUGUAAAUAAAAUUGAGCCAAACUUGAGAA